AAAAACAAAACAAAACAAUGGACAUUGAUAAUAAUAAUCAUGAUAAUGUCCAAUUUCAUAUGAUGAUGCCAUCAACAUCAUCUACAAUAAUGUCAUCAAAUAUUAAUAAUAAUCGUAUUAGUAGCGGUGGUACUAAUAAUAGUAGUUUGAUGAUCAACAAUGAUCAACAUUAUCAACAACGACAAUUAUUAUCUGCUACAUUAUCCACAUCAUCAUCAUCCUCGGCAACAGCAGCAGCUGUAUCCGCAUUAUCAGCUGCAUCUAGCCAACAACAGCAAUCAUGUAUACCACCAAUGUAUUAUGAUGAUAUACCGGAAAUUAUUCCAUAUGAAGAUUAUGAUAAUGUAAAGGCAAAACAUCGAGCUUCAAUAUUAUGGUUGAUUGCAAAAUCAACAGAUAAUGGCCGUAUACCACCUGAAUUACGUGAUCCAUUCUAUCGUGAUCAUCAUGGACAAGAAUUAUUAAAACCAUGGAUUACACAACGUAUGGCUAAUGGUGAAUUAUAUGGUCGUGCAUUGGCCAAUAUAUAUGGUGUACCGGAUUAUUCAUCAUUUAGCCAUCAAAAUAUAUUACAAUUAUUAACUAGACGUGGUGUUUUUACCGAUCAGCUUGGUAUUGCCGAAAUAGGUGAACAUAUAACUGAAACAAUGUUGUUGAAAAAUUGUCCAGUUAAACUGGCUGCUCAUAUGGUUAUAAUUGAAUGUAUAAUGAUGUUGUAUAUACGUGAAAUAUUAAUACCAAUCAAAGUGAUGGAAGUGACUAGCCGAUUUUCCGGUGAAGAUAUUGAUGGUGUUUAUACGGAAUUACCACCAAGUACUGAACCUGAAGAUGUUGCACUUUAUUGGGUAAAUCGUGCCUGUGCUCAACUAAAUCAGGAGAUUUCAAGAGAUUAUAUUUUAACUCAACAACAAUCGGAUGAAGGUGGUGAUUGUCAACCACCAGUAUGUGUGCCUUCAUUGGAAGAACUAAGUGAUAUGUGUGAUGGAUGUUCAUUAUUUGCAUUAAUGGCAUUCUAUUGUCCUGAUCAUGUUGAUUGGCGUGAAAUUUGCCUUAAACAAGAUAUUUCUAUUGCUGAUUCUAUCUAUAAUCUACAACGAAUACAAUAUUUUUGUCAAGAAUUAUUUCCUUCCGAUAUUUGUUUUCUAUUAUUGGAAGAUUUUCUAUACUUACCCGAACCGAUUGUGCCGAAUUUUUUGGCUUUUAUUGCCGAUCUGUUAUUUAUGUUUGAAAUACAACCAGUUGAAUCGGUUACACCGCCAUAUAUUCGUUUAUAUCCGGAAUUAUUUCAGGAAGAAUAUCAACCAAGUAAGUUGUUUAUUUUAAAAUUAAAUUAUAUAAUCUAUAUUACCUUCUUUCUAACCCUUCUAGGUUAUCCACAAAUGUUAACACCAUCAGAAAUGAAAGCAAAAUCAUUAAAAUCAUCAUGGAAUAAUAAUAAUAAUAAUGAUUCGAUUGAAACAUCAUCAAGUGUUGCCGGUAUGAUGAACAAUAAUAAUAAUGAAUAUCCUCCAAAUCAUCCAAUCUAUGAUCGACCAUCAUAUACACAACCACAACGAACAUCAUCUAAUUUAACACUUAAUUAUCAUCAAGGUUCAUCAUCUAGACGAAAUUCAUUAAAUAAAUCAAUGAAUCGACGAUCAUCAUUAUUAUCGAAUGGUAGUGAAAUAAUUUCACAUAAUAAUAAUCAUCAUCAUCAUUUACAUGAUCAAUCACCCGAUGUGGAAGAAAAUCUAUACGCCGAACCUAUAACGAAUCCAAAUGGUGAUUCAAAUGUAACACAAUUAUCACAAUAUUUUUCAAGUAUGAAUUUAACACCAUCCAAUCAUAAUAAUAAUCAUGGUACAAUGAUCAAAGAUAAUAAUGAAUAUAAUAAGAAUCGUUCACGUGCAUCCGGUAGUCAUCUUAAUGACUAUUUCUCAAGUCUUUCCAAUGUAAAUGUUGUUGAUCAACAAACCAAUAACAAUGCCAUUAAUACACAUGUUCGUGCACAACGACAACAUCCAAAUAAUGCUGAUAAUGUUAAACAAUUAUUACAUCAUGAGCAACAUCAUCAUCACAAUUCUUUUAUUGCCAAUGAUAGCCAAACAAAUUCUAGUGAUACAUCAAGUAUAGCGGAAAUGUCCGAUUAUUCAACACUCACUGGCACUGCUACUGCUGCUGAUCAAUCAAUGAUUCGUGCUCAAUUGAAUGAAAAACGUAAACAAAUUGAACAGGAACGACAACAAGAAAAACAGAAACGCGUUUCAUCUGAUCACAAUUUUCGACAAGAAGUAUUAAAAACUUUAAAACAUCAACAUCAGGAUUCGGAUACAAUAGAUUUUAGUCGUAAUAUUGAUGAUGAAAAUUUAACAUUCGAAAUACACGAAUUAAAUCCAAUAAGACGUGAGAAAACAUUUACCAGUAUUCCAUCAUCAAUGUCAGAAUCGAAUACCAAUAAUAAAAAUAAUAAAUCAACAUUUGUACGAAAAAAUCUAUUCUCAGCUUCGGAUGAUUUGAAAGCAUCAAUGACCGAUUUGAAUUAUGCAAAUGCCAAAGAUUAUCAUCAUCAUCGUAAUCAAUCAUCAUCAUCAUCAUCAACAAAAUCUGAUUCAAAUUCAACCAAAUCAAAUGUAAAUGAAUCAAAGAUUUCAUCAUUGGAAACAAAAAUUACAUCCAAUGAACAAAAAUUAUCAUCAGAACCAAUUUUAUCUGAACAUAAUAAGUUAGAACAAGAAAUAUCCACGCAACCAUCAUCAACGAUUAUUCAACCUUCACAAACAACAACAUCAUCAAUACCACCAACCACAAUACAAUCAUCACAACAGCAAACACCACGAAGAAGUCAAUGGGGUCAACCUAUGAUACCAUUGGCUGGUCAUCAGAUGCAUGGUGUACCGCCGGCACAACCAGUGGUACCACCAUCCACAACACAUCCUUAUCAUCCACCAGCAUGGUCGCAAGCGGCACCACCACCGCCGCCUAUGGGAUAUGAUCCAACAUCACAAUGGUAUCAUCAUCAUCAUCAUCAAUCUCCUUAUCAUCAUCCGCCGCCACCACCGCAAUCCACUUAUCCACCAUAUAAUUAUGGUCCAAUACAGCCAAUGCGUCCAUAUGACCCAUAUGGUGGUGCAUAUGGUAGUCCAUCAGCAACUAAUACAAUGACAUCACAAGAUCCAUAUGUUUUAUCACCAAUGUCUGGAUAUCCACCACCAACACAUUCAACACCUCAACAACAAUAUUCGACAAUUCCAGUCAACGAACAACAAUUGAUGAGUAAUAAUAAUUUAAAUGAUUCGAAUCAAAUGAUUGAGUCUAACAUGGAAGGAAACAUUCAACAUGGUCAUCACGAACAGCAACAACAACAACAACAUCCAAAUAAUAAAACACAACCAUCCACUGAAACAUUUUUCAUUUCAUUCAAUGAUUCUGGUAAUCAACAACAACAACAACAGCCGACAAAACGAACAAAAUCCAAUAAAAUGGAAUCAAAUGAUAGACCAAUAUUGUCAAGAACGGCAACGCAAACAUUAGUUAGUUCAGAACAGGCGAAAAAAUCACAAAAUGUUGAUAAUCAAAUAGAUGAAAGAAUACGAGAAUUGUAUAAUGUACGACGACCAUCGAUUCCAUCGGUACCGGCCGUUUCAUUUGUGAUUGCAGCCGAUGAUAUACAAAAUGAUAAUACAAUUGAUAAUCAUCAAUUAGAAGAUAGCCUUAUGAUGAACGGAUCUAUGAUCAAUAGUGAUAAUGAUGACCAUUAUUAUGCUGAUGAUACAUCCUCACAACGAUUACAUUCAUUAUCAAUGAAUAAUCAAUCUAUUUCGGGAAAAUCAGAAGAAGAAAUGCAACGUAAAAAAGAAGCAAUCAUGAAACAAUCAAUACGUCGUCGUGCACAACAGGAACAAAAACGUAUACAAAAAGAACAGGAAUUGGCCGCAAAGCGUGAACGUGAACGUUUGAAACGAGAACAGAUGGAACGAAAAAAAGAAGAAGAACGUGAAAAACGAGCAUUCAUUCUGGAUCAAUAUAAACGUCGUAAACAAUUGGCCGAGGAGAUUGAAAAGAAUGGUGGUGUUGCUGCAUUACAAAAUACUGUUGCACGUAGUUCAUCCACCUUGAUUCUAAAUCGUAGUGGUCAAUCAUUGCAACAACAACAACAACAAGUUAAAAUGCGUUCUGGAACUCAACAACGACCAAGACCAAAAUCAUUACAUGCUACAUUAUUAGAUGAAUGUUCAGCAGCUUUAUCUACUAUUUCAGGUUCAGUAUCUGGAUCAUCAUCAAGAUUAAGUACAUCACGUGAUGAAAUCGAUGAUCUAAUGAGCUGUGGACGAUUAUCAUCGGCAGCAUCAAUCACUGGUACAUCUAGCAUUUCAAGACCACAAUCAGCAAUGAGUAGUCAGCUUUGUUUGAAUUCAUCAUCCAAUACGGCUGUGUCUACACCAACCGGUGCUUUUGGUGAACAUUCAGCAUUUGCUGGUCUUUCUGCAUUCGGUACAGAUCUAUCUUCGGGUAACAAUCAAAAUCAAGGUCCAACAUCAAGUAAUUUUUUUCAAGAAUAUAAUGGUCCAAAAUUGUUUGUAAAACCAAGUCAAAAAUCGAAUAAAGCAUUAAUAUUGAAUGCUAUAAAUGUUGUUUUGGCCGGUACGGUCAAUGCCGAUACAAAUCGUCGUGUCACUGAAGUGAUAAAUAAAUGUGAUAGUAAAUAUUAUUUGAUAUUGUUUCGUAAUUCUGGUCUACAAUAUCGAGCCAUUUAUUCGUAUAAUCCUGAACGUGAAGAAGUGAACAAAUUGGAUGGUAUUGGACCAAAAACUGUACAUAAUGAUAUGAUUGAUAAAUUCUAUAAAUACAAUUCGGGUACAAAAAGUUUUACAGCAAUUCAGACUAAACAUUUAUGCGUUACAAUUGAUGCAUUCACUAUACAUAAUCAUCUUUGGAUGAGUAAAGCUAAACAACAGCAACAACAAAUGACGCCAAGACGUUUCAUGUGAAAAUAUUUUGUGAUUGGUCAAAAUUCAUUAAUGGCAAAAAAAAC